CUCUUCAUUAACCUUUGGAAUUGUUUGCAAAUGUUUGUUCGAGUCUAUUGUCUGGCUGAAUAUACCAUGUCUGUCCAUUUCAGGACACAUGCUUUAUCUUAUUAUUGCAUGCGUAUCUCUUUUCUGUCAAGCAACUUUAUCUUUUCUUUCCAUUUUCGUCAUAUUUGUUCUGUGAUCAUUUUAGGGGUGAUCAAAACCCCUUUUUAUGAAGCCUCUGACACCAGAAUAUUUUGUGUCAACCCAGAUGCGUACCAAGGAGGUAGAGAUACGACGGCAUGUCCGAGGACAACUUUGGAAGUAAACAUUGAUGGGGUUUCUGAUGUCACAAAGGAGUUAUUUGGCACAGGCCUUCAGAAUGAAGUUGGGGACUACAAUUGCUUUUUCAACGUUAUCAUACAGUCUCUAUGGAAUCUGGGGAUGUUUCGGGCUGAUUUUUUGCGGAGUUCAACACUAGAGCACCAUCACGUGGGGGAUCCUUGUGUUGUCUGCUCCUUGUACAAAAUUUUUGAUGCUUUAAGCGCUGCUUCGAGGGAGGUACGAAAAGAACCUGCGACUCCUUCAUCUCUCAGGAUUGCAUAGAACUUGUAUCCAGAUAGCAAUUUUUUCCAAGAGGCGUCUUAUGGUGGACAUGCUCAGAUGAAUGGCUCAGAAGUAUUGGGUGUGAUUUUCGACUGCCUACAUCGCUCAUUUGCUCAAAGCUCUAGCGUGUCUGACACAGAAUCUUCGGAGAGCAAUUGUAAUGGUUCAUGGGACUGUGCCAACGGCACAUGCAUAGCCCAUUAUCUGUUUGGAAUGUAUAUUUCUGAGCAGCUGAAUUGCUUCAGCUGUGGGCUGGAGUCCAGGCAUAUGAAGUACACUUCCUUUUUCCAUAACAUCAAUGCUAGUUCCCUACGUACCAUGAAGGUCACAUGCUCUGAGAAUUCAUUUGACGAACUUUUAAAUCUUGUCGAGAUGAACCACCAACUAGCCUGUGAUCCUGAAGCUGGUGGGUGUGGAAAACCUAACCAUAUCCACCAUAUUCUCACCACUCCACCACAUGUUUCUACUACAUUUUUAGGGUGGCAAAACACAUGUGAGAGUGUAGAAGACAUAGCAGUGACGCUUGCAGCCUUAGGUACUGAGAUAGA